AAAAAAUCAGUGUAAUUAAAAAUCGAGUAUUAGGGUGUGAAAUAGAGAGGAUCGAACAUGGAGUUCUUAGAUGAGUUUGAGAGCAAGCCAAGAUUCCUUUUCCAAUCGAAGCAGCAGCAUUUCACUCAAUCAGAAACCCCAGACGAUUCCCCUUGUUCGUCUUCCUUCCGUUUUAUUUGUGUUUCAAUUUUUGCUGUGUUUUUCAUUCUGAGCUUCAUUUACAUCAAUGUCGAACCCCUCAGAUCCCUUCUCUUAUGGAUCUGUUUCUCCCUUGUUAUCGGUCCCUUUGCCCCUUCAUCUCUCACCGCCGGUGAUAUCCGCGUCGGUCUUGGCCCCCCUCUCACUCAAAUCCCCACCAAUGCUUCUCUUGAUAUCAUCAAUGACAAAUUCAACAGAAAAUCAACCAAAACCCUAAAGAAAACACCCGAAGAUGCCCCCGCCGCCGUCCAUUUCGAGAAAUCGACAAUUAAGGAUGGAUCUUUGGUGGAUAAAUCAAAAUCAAAAUCACAAUCCAAAUCAAAAUCGGAAUCGGAAUCGGAAUCAGAUGCGACUGAAAAAACAAAGUCAUCGGAGUGGAAUGAGUUUGAUGAUGAAUUAUUGAGGAAGUUAAUGGGGAAACAUCCGGUUGGAAUGCCUGGACGAUGGGAAGCCAUAGCCGAGGGUUUCAAAGGGAAUCACAAGAUCGAGACUGUGAUAACAAAGGCUAAAGAAAUGAAAGGAGUUAGUAAUAGUGAUCGAGAUUCUUACAACAAGUUUCUUAAAGAUAGAAAAAGUGUUGAUAAAAGGGUUAUUGAUGAGGGAUUGAAUGCAAAUGAAAAUGUUGAACAAGAGAAAAAAGAGAGUGGAUGGAGUGCUUCUGAGGAUUUAGCAUUGCUUAAUGCAUUGAAGACGUUCCCGAAGGAUGUAGUAUCUAUGCGGUGGGAGAAGAUUGCUGCUUCCGUGCCUGGAAAGACAAAGUCUGCUUGUAUGGCCAGAGUCAAAGAUUUGAAGAAGGAUUUCCGCAGUUCAAAGGCUUAGUCUAACUUACACAGAUAGUCUCAAAAGCAAUUUGGUUUGUCCUUUUUAAAUGCCCGAUAGAAAAUCGUAUUGCUUGCUUCUUGGCUUAUGUUUUGAAAUUAUGACAUGAUUAAUAAUUAUUCAGCUUCUUGGACGAUUGAGUUAAAAAUAUUGUUUUAUCGUUUAUGUCUCACAUUUCCUUGUUAUUGUGCUUAGAGCAAGUAAUGAAAGUUGACUACUAAUAU